AUGCGCUCGUCCGUCGUCGCUCUCAUUCUUCCCUUCAUCGUUGACGCGCGGUUCUGGCCUGGACGACGCGUCGAUACCCAGGGACAGCAAUUGCGCUCAAGCGCGUAUACAGGCGCCUCCGAUGCAGAGAUCGCGCUCGUAAGCACAUAUCAAGGAGCCCUCGACGCAUAUGCGCGACGCCCCGACUGCUUCAAGGACUCGGCCGCCCUCAUUAACGCGCGCUGCGAAGAGCUAGACUCGAGGGAGGAUGAGCGCGUGAGGGCCGCAAUCUCCAUGACACUCUGCGAACUCGCUACUGCGAAGCAUUAUACGCCGCCUCUCGAAUGUGCGCCCUUUGUCCCCGGAACGGACGGCCUCACGUCAGAUGGGGCGGCGGGUGAAUGCGUGAAUGCUCUGUCUCGCAGCGCACAAUACUGGUCGAGCUACUCUGGAUACCUGCGCGAGAUACCGCAACUCUGCUUCGCGUACCGGCGGUGGCAUGAUAUUGACACCGCGAAGGAGAUAUACCGCAACGCGACGCUGCGGGAGCUCGAUGUCCUCAAAACUAUGGACGUGCGCGGAGCGCAGCAGGCGCAAGCGUUAGCGCAGCUCAAUGGGCAACUCGAGGGCAUGCGUACGGCGCUGAGCGACCUUGACACGCUAGCCGAGGGCUUACAGCAGCUUCCUCAAAUAUGGGAGCGACAGAUGGGGCAGUCCUUCAGACUUGCAACGUGAUUUAGAGGACAUGCAACAACGUCAAGAUGCACGGCUCGUUGAGUG